UGGUUGGAAUCUUGCUUAAAAUUGUAAAUUAUGCUUUCAUCCACCAAUUGGAAUUCUUUGCAUCGAAAGAAAAAUGCAAGAUUUCUUCUGAGCCUGCGCUGCACCCUCAUGAUGAUGAUAAUGAUGGCGAUGACGUAUUUUUAUGCAUUGUUUCCAUUUUCAAGGUGUCUGCAACGGCGCGUCUGACGAAAAGUGGGCGAGGCUUGCUGACGUCACAGUCUCGCGCACUCCCACUCUCAUGCCGAGUGGAUCUCGUCCACGCACGCCGAUCUCAAAAGGACCCGGCGUGACAUGAAGCCUGACAAUGCGAGGCCAUCAUUUCCUUCGUCGUGCGUAAAACCUCCCCAAGUGGACGACUUGCAGUGCAAGAGUGGACGAAUGGAAGCUCCACGGAGGAGGAGGGGGAGGACGGCGCUCCCUCGUCUUCUAAGAGGAUAAAUAGAGCGUGUAGGGGGGUUAUUUUUAACCGGACUCUUGUGAACUCUCUUCCCCGGGGCACGAUGAGCGGCGGAACGGAUGAGAGCUCGGUGCGUGUGGCGCUGAGGAUUCGUCCUCAGUUGGCCAAAGAGAAGAUCGAAGGCUGCCACAUUUGUACGUACGUGAUGCCCGGGGAGCCGCAGGUGGUCCUGGGCAAGGACAAGGCCUUCACGUACGACUUUGUUUUCGACAUGGACACCCAGCAGGACGCCAUCUACGGCCACUGCACCGAGAGUCUCAUCGAGGGCUGCUUCGAGGGCUACAACGCCACCAUAUUUGCAUACGGACAGACCGGCUCGGGGAAGACGUACACCAUGGGUACCGGCUUCGACGUCAACAUCGGCGAGGACGAGCUGGGUAUCAUUCCCAGGGCCGUCAACCACCUGUUUCGGGGCAUCGAGGAGCGCCGGCAGGCUGCCACAGAGCAGGGAAAGCCCGUCCCAGAGUUCAAGAUCAACGCGCAGUUCCUGGAGCUGUACAACGAGGAGGUGGUGGACCUGUUCGACGCCACGCGGGACGUCGAGGCCAGGCGGCAGAAGUCCAACGUCCGCAUCCACGAGGACGCCAACGGAGGCAUCUACACGGUCGGCGUCACCACGCGCAGUGUUGCCUCUGCGGCCGAGAUGAUCCAGUGUCUGAAGCUGGGCGCUUUGUCCCGAACCACGGCCAGUACUCAGAUGAACGCGCAGAGUUCACGCUCCCACGCCAUCUUCACCAUCCACCUGUGCCAAGUUCGAAUGUGCUCACCGGACAAUGAUAACGCGACAGACAACCGUCUGGCGGGCGGCUCCGGCAUCGACGAGUUCGAGACGCUGUCGGCCAAGUUCCACUUCGUCGACCUGGCCGGCUCCGAGAGGCUGAAGAGAACCGGAGCCACGGGAGACCGAGCCAAAGAAGGGAUCUCCAUCAACUGUGGACUGCUGGCCCUGGGCAACGUGAUCAGCGCGCUUGGUGACAGGAGUAAGCGCUCAACGCACGUGCCUUACCGAGACUCCAAGCUCACUCGCCUGCUGCAGGAUUCACUUGGCGGGAACAGUCAAACGGUGAUGAUCGCGUGCAUUAGCCCGUCCGACCGUGACUUCAUGGAGACCCUGAACACCCUGAAGUACGCCAACCGGGCGCGGAAUAUCAAAAAUAAGGUUAUGGUGAACCAGGAUCGAGCGAGUCAGCAGAUCAGCGCCUUGAGGACGGAGAUGGCGCGCCUGCAGAUGGAGCUGAUGGAGUACAAGACGGGGAAGCGCAUGGUAGGCGAGGAUGGUAUUGAGGGCAUCAACGACUUGGUCCACGAGAACGCCAUGCUACAGACGGAGAACAACAAUUUGAGGGUGAGGGUGAAGGCCAUGCAGGAGACCAUCGACGCACAGCGAGCCAGGCUCACUCAAAUCCUCAGUGAUGGAGCCAACCAGGCGCUGGCCAAAGCAGGUGAAGGUACUGAGGAGAUUGGCAACAUGAUCCACAACUACAUCAAGGAAAUUGAGGAGCUCCGAGCCAAACUCCUGGAGAGCGAGGCCCUCAACGAGAACCUCAGGAAGAGCCUCUCGCGCGCCUCCACUCGCUCGGCGCUGUACGCCGGCCCCGCCUCCUUCUCUCCCGCCCUCUUCGCGCCCGAGAAAGAAGCCGGCGACGUCAUUGAGCUGGCCAAGAAAGACCUGGAGAAGCUCAAGAAGAAGGAGAAGAGGAAGAAAAAGAGUGCUAUAAAGGGAGAAGUUCCGGACAAUGACCAGCAGCAAGGCAGCAAUGACGCAGACGUGGGCAGUGACCACGAGGAAGGCGAGGAUGGCGAGGAAGAGGACUCGGACACUGCGGGAGAGGAGACGUCCGAUGAGUCCGACGCGGAGGAGUUGGAGGAAAAAGAUGACGUCCAGGCCGACCUGGCCAACAUCACGUGCGAGAUCGCCAUCAAGCAGAAGCUGAUCGACGAGCUGGAGAACAGCCAGCGGCGCCUCCACACGCUCAAGCAGCAGUACGAGCACAAGCUGGUGAUGCUGCAGAAUAAAAUCCGAGACACGCAGCAGGAGCGGGACAAAGUGCUGCAUAACAUGGGUUCAGUGGAGUCGUGCACGGAAGAAAAAGCCAAGAGGAUCAAGGCCGAGUACGAGAGGAAGCUGAGCUCCAUGAACAAGGAGCUGCAGAAGCUCCACUCGGCCCAGAAGGAGCACGCGCGCCUGCUCAAGAACCAGUCGCAGUACGAGAAGCAGCUCAAGAAACUGCAGCUCGACGUCACCGAGAUGAAGAAGACCAAGGUGGUGCUGAUGCGUCAAAUGAAGGAGCAACAGGAGCGAAACAGAGCCACCGAGUGCAAGAGGAACAGGGAGAUUGCCUCUUUGAAGAAAGAUCAGCGCAGAGCUGAGCAUCAAGUGAAGCAGCUUGAGGGGCAGAAGAGACAGCAGGAGUUAAUCCUACGCAGGAAGAAUGAAGAGGUGACUGCUCUGAGGCGUCAGGUGAGGCCAGUGUCCGGCAAGGUAAGCAGAAAAGUCACCUUACCUGACACCUUCCCAGAGCUUUCCCAUCGGAGCACUCCGGGAAGGCCGCACUCCUCUGGAACGUCGACGUCCAACGGAGCCAGGAGUUCUUCGGUGCGGAUGGGAAGUAGCUACCUCAGCCGGACCGCCAGGGCCAAAUGGCAGUCACUGGAGCGACGCGUCAGUGACAUCAUCAUGCAGCGAAUGACCAUCUCCAACAUGGAAACAGAUAUGAAUCGACUCAUGAAGCAAAGGGAGGAGCUGACCAAACAUAGGGAGCGAGUAUCCAGGAAGAGGACCAAGAUGGCGGCGGAGGGGGUCCCGGACUCCGAGCGCUCGCUAACCUCCUUCAACGAGGAGCUGGAGUCCCUGGGCGCUAACAUCGACUACAUCAACGACAGCAUCGCAGACUGCCAGGCCAACAUCAUGCAGAUGGAGGAAGCCAAGGAAGAAGGAGACACAGUGGACGUGACGGCGGUGGUCAGUUCGUGUAAUCUAUCAGAGGCCCGCUUCCUUUUGGACCAUUUUGUGACAAUGGCCAUCAAUAAGGGCCUGCAGGCGGCUCAGAAGGACUCCCAGCUGAAGGUGAUGGAGGGUCGGCUGAAGCAAACGGAGAUCAAGAGCACCACGCAGAACCAGCUGCUGUUCCACAUGCUUAAGGAGAAAGCCGAGAUCAACCCCGAGCUGGACGCCCUGCUCGGGAGUGCCCUCCAAGAGAAUGGGGAUGAAAGCAGCAGUGAUGAGUCUACCACCAGCCUGUCUGCAGAGGGCAGCACACUGCCGUCAGAUGUGAUGAAGUUAUGUGGCGAAUCCCGUCCCAGAAGUAAGGCUCGCAGGAGGACCACGACCCAGAUGGAGCUUCUCUACGCCGCCUCUGGAGAUCCACCCAUCGAUUCGCCCACAGCAGACUUCUCAGGUCCUUCGUUUCCCCUCGCCGAGCACCAGGACGGACCUGCGGACACAGGCCGCGAAUCCCCAUCUUCUCUCUCGGCUCGCUCACCUGGCAUCUUCCGAUCCAGGUCACCGACAAGCACCGCUGAGAGGAAGCAGCUCGAGCGCUCACCCCUUACUCGCAGAAAAAUACAAGAAAAGGGACCAACAGCUACACCAGGGGAUGCUAAAAAUCGAGGAAAUGAAUCAAAUAUACAAUUGGAUGAGUCUCCUGUGUUUGAUGGCCAUAGAGGCAUAAUCAACCCUGUGCCACCCCCUAAGACCAGUCGGGCGGCUAAACUCCAAUGUGUGCACGUCGCUGAGGGACAUACCAAGCCCGUCCUCUGCGUGGAUGUCACAGAAGAUCUGCUCUUUACUGGAUCCAAAGAUCGAACGUGUAAGGUGUGGAACUUGGUGACCGGUCAGGAGAUCAUGUCUUUGGCAGACCAUCCCAGCAGCGUUGUCUCAGUCAGGUACACUUCCAGCCUCGUCUUUACGGUGUCUGCUGCAUACAUAAAAGUGUGGGACAUACGAGAUUGUGCAAAAUGUAUAUGCACGCUUACGGCUUCAGGUCAAGUUGGUUCAGGUGACACCUGUUCCUCAGCCAGGAGUUUUUCCAACCCUCCAGGGGAGAGUCAGAUCAACCAGAUCGCCAUCAAUCCUGCCGGUUCUUUCCUGUACGCUGCCGCAGGGAAUGCAGUACGCAUGUGGGAUCUGCGAAAGUUUGCCUCCACGGGGAAGCUCAUUGGCCAUUUGGGUGCGGUCACAUGUCUGACGGUCGAUAAGUUGGGUAACGGACAAGACCUCGUGCUGACCGGCUCCAAAGACCAUCACAUUAAAAUGUUUGAGGUGACAGAAGGGGCUCAGGGGAGCAUCAGCUCCUGCCACACAUUGGACCCCACUCAUCAGGACAGCGUGGAGACCCUGGCUUUGCACGAAGACUUUGUCUACAGCAGCUCCAGAGACUACUACAUCAAAAAGUGGGACUUGGCCAGUAAGCGGCUCCUGCAGUCAGUCAGCGCCCAGACGGACUGGGUUAGCGCUUUGGGCGUGGUUCCCGGCUCUUCGGCGCUGCUCAGCGGAUGCAGAGGAGGCCUGCUCCGCCUGUGGCACCCUGACUCACUAGCGCCCCUCGGUAACAUCCGAGGCCACGACAGCCCUAUUAAUGGCCUGGCGACCAACAGCUGUCAUCUGUUCACCGCCUCUGAUGACCGCACAGUGAAGAUUUGGGAAGCCAAAGGAUCUCUCGAGGAUGGAGUUCAUUGACAGCUCCAGAAAAUGCCUGAUCUAAAGGUGAUUUGGGACCAUAAACCCCGAUUUUGCUUCGAUUUGAAUCCUAGUGCAACAUUUUGCUGGCUUGCACUCAUUUUUUUGUGUACAAGACAUUUUCGAAGCCUGGAUAUUUAACGUUUCGCUUCACCAGCAAUACUUUGGACUUUUCUAUGUGCAUCUUUGCAGCCUUCACAGUGUGAAUUCAGCGACCAAAAUACUACUGAAGCUGCAUUGUGCUCUUAUUCUCCUGCUAAAGUGGUAGCUGCAAGAAGAUUCGGUAAAGUAAAUGGGUUAUAUUCUUUUCUAUUCUUUGUUGGGCCAGACACUUCAUUAGGUGUACUGGCCGAAUACAAUGACAGCUUUCCGUGUCGCUGAAAGCUACCAUAAAGCACGUGUAGCCUUAAGGGUUAAUGUAGCACAAACAGAAAAAAAAAAAAACAUGUUGUCUUUGUCUAGUGCAACGUUACAAUGAGAAGUGCGCAUGUUUUUUUCUCAGUCAAGCCGCCAUUUACUGUUCACCUCCCCAUCUAGUCUUGAUAAAUUGGGAGUCCUUUGUCCUGAAAAUGUGAGUUAAACUGCUGUUUUUUUGAAUAUAUUUUUGUGUGUGUUGUCAUAUCAGUCAGUAACUGCUCAGAAAUUAUGGGUAGAUAAUUGUAAAAAGAUGUAUGUCCUCAUCUUCAAAAAAUAAAAAACCGACUUCAUUUCAUUUGCACUUGAUUAACAUUGCUGAAAGAGUUAUUCCCAAGUUGUAAAUUUUAUUUCCCCGUUGUAUCUGAAAUCACAUUUAUGAGGAUUUGUUUUUUUGUUGUUGUUUUUUUUGAGUGUACAUGUUGAGUGUAAUUAUCAUUGUUACUGUCUUCCUGCUGAAUAUGUUGUAUACAAUUGAGGCUGCAGUGUGAGGAUAAAUACAAAAAGUACAGUAUA